GGCCUCUGAAAAGCUGACAGUCCAGCUUCUUGUGGUCCAUGAAAGCAGUGAUGGCUUCCAAAGGAAAGGUCUGCAGGCAGCGGCCGCAGAUGAGGAAACCGAACAGGGAGGCUGUUUGCAGAGCCGCGGUGACCUGUCCAGACCCCUCGUAGCGAAUCUGGGAGGGCUAAGAACCACCCGUCUCCCCGAAUCCACACCUUCCUAUCCGCUGAGGGGGCCAGGAUAAUGCAGACUCCACCAGCCAUUCCUGUGCCUGUGCUCCGGCUCCCCCGGGGCCCUGAUGGCUUGAGCCGAGGCUUUGCCCCAGACGGACGCAGGGCCCCCCCGAAGCCAGAGGUUCCUGGAAGCCCGGGGUCUCCAGUAGGUCGAGAGUCUCGGGAAUCCCGGGAACAGCAGGCCCGAGCCGCACUUCGGGAACGCUACCUCCGCAGCCUGCUGGCCAUGGUGGGUCACCAGGUGAACUUCACACUGCACGAGGGUGUGCACGUGACCGCCCACUUCGGAGCCGCCGACCUGGACGUGGCCAACUUCUACGUGCUGCAGCUGCAGACACCAAUAGGCGUGCAGGCCGAGGCGCUGCUGCGGUGUAGUGACAUUAUUUCCUACACCUUCAAGCCGUGAGGACGUGACUGUGUUCACCUUUCUGCCCGAGGCCUGGCCGCAGUAUCCCAGCCUCCAAAUGUUCACGAGCCCAGCACCCUGGGCCCCACAGGGUUUGGAACAUCCUUGGAAAUUUGAGCCGAGCGCCGGGCAACUCUGGCUUCUUGGGACCUGCGGAGUCCCGUCAGUAAAAUUCUGCAACCACAGGAGUUCUAGAGCCCGUUGGAAGGAAUGCUCUGCCUCACAGGAAUCUAAACUCUUAAAACAGGGCCUCAUGCCAGUUCCUGAAGACUGGGGGUUGGGGGCGGUCAAUAAAGGGCGGCACAUCGCAGAGUGGGAAAUUGUCUGCUGAAGUUGCGAAGUUCAGCCACCCUGGAGAAAGUCCCCUCUACUAAAGAACCCAUUAUUCCAGGAAGA